ACGGGACGGAAAGUACGCCGCACAUCCAAGGACUAUCCAGACUACAGGGCCUUUGAGACGGCGCUCCACAACGCGGUCUUCUCCACUGCCAUACCGCCCACGGAGCACACAGACACCGACCCGAUAAACAUGGGACGAAAAUCCCAGCGGAUAGCUACAG